AUGACGAGCGAGCCGCAGCAGGGCUCCCCCUUCGAGGUGCAGGCAUCCCUGGUGCCGGAGGCGGCCCCCGCAUCCCUGCCCGGCGCCGCCCUGGGCGGCCCCGAGGCCGGCGAGCCGAUCGCCAUGGAGCUCUCCGGCCAGAGUGUGCCGGGCGGCGGCGAGCUGGACGCCGUGGGCGAGGGCUCGGCGGGGAUGGCGUCCGCGUCGGGGGUGGAGCCGAUGGACCUGGAGCCGGCCAACGGGGCGACGUUGCAGGCCUGCCCGCCGGCGCCGGCGCCGAUCGUCGUGCCCGGCAAGAGCUCCUCAGACACCGUUGACGGCGCCGGGCAGGCUGUGCUGAUCAAGGAGGACUCCCCGAGGUCGGACGGCUCGCCCUCGCACCCGCAGAAGAGCCCCGCCGGGUCGCAGAGACCGAGGAAGCCCCACCUGCAGGGGCGGUUCAGCGGCCGGCUGGAGACCAAGGACGACGAGAAGGCGCUCCAGGAGGAGUGCCGCGCGCUGGGGCCACUUGUCGGCGGCGCGGGAAAGAAGGGCGAGAAAAGCCGCAUGACCCUUGCCAAAAUCGUGCGCGCAAUUGCCACCGGAGAUGUCAGGCGCCACUGCACCAUGCGGGAGGAAAAGAUAACGGAGCUCCAAGAGAAGCUCAAAACUGUGGAGGCAGUGUACCGGCGUGACGUGGAGCUCCUAAAGCAAGAAAAUAACGCCCUUCGACUGAAACUGGAGUUGCAAGGGGCGGAUGACUUCAACCAUCGUCAGGUCAUAAUCACCCCAGCAUCCGUGCCCCCGAUGGUCGUGGUGAGGAACAACCCUGGGCAACGAUACAGUGCGUCAGACCCCAUGACCUCCAUCGGCGGAGGAGCAACCCCUGUUGAUGUCCCGAUACCUUUCCUCUUCCCAUCUGGCCAGGGCGCACAGCUUCAAGGACUGCAGGCCAACAGCCCUAUGCCACGUGCAGGCCGUGUGGCGCAACUUGGCUCCAUGGAUCCAGCUGCGGCACAAGCAAGAGCACUGGCAGCAAGGAGUCAGGCCGCCAACAACCUGAAUCUGAAGAGAAAGCUACAGGAGAUGCAGCAGCGUGUGUCCCAGGAUCUGUCCCCAACAGCCUUCAACAGUGCAGCUAGUGGUGGUGGACUGCCACAGCAACAGGUGGCUUUCGUGUCUGUGCCUAAUUACACAGGUGGGGCUGGGGCUGGCGCUGGCACUGGUGCUGGUGAGGGCGAGGGCAACCCAGGAGUCCAGCCAGCCCUUAACCUGCUGGGUGCACAGUCAGGCCUACAGCACAGUGGUGGGCAUGACAUGCACACACCUACAGUGGCCCUUACCCUGGGAGACGACUUGGCGGCACAGCACUUCUCACAGCAGGCUGGCUUCUCUGGCCAGAAGGCUGUCAUUGUGAGCAACCUGCAGGCCGCCAAUGCUGCUCUGCAGUCCACGGGGCCCUUUGCAUCCCACUUGUUGAGUGGUCAGAUCGGCCUGGACAACGUGCUUGGCCACAUCCCCCUGUCGGAGGCCCUGUCCACCAGUGCACCACUGGUGAUCGGUGGCAAUGACAUGGGCCCCACACUGGAGGACUCGGCCCUUUCCACUCCCAUGGAAACUGAGAUGGACCCCAACAUUCUCGAGCAGCUGAAUGCCGGGGACCUCGACCUGACGACUGUUGCAGCAACAAUUCCUGUACUCCAGGGCACCGGGGGCGGUGCCCACAUAGCAAUGAUGCCUGCUGCUCAAGUCUUGAGAAUGAGCUCCGAUGCCGGCAGGCAGGUCGGCUGA